UUAGCAUCGCAGCCUCUGUUGAAGGGUAACUGGUUCGUUCUCUUACUACAGGGGUCGUGUGUGAAAGUAUCUCCUCUGUGGCAGGACCAUUUGUUAAUUAAUCCAUCAUGGGUGGACACGACGCCGGAACUCAGCACCAGUUCACCGGAGUUGCCAAAUACUUCAACCCAUCCACGAUCACAGGACGGCGGAAUUGUGUUUUGGCCACAUAAGCCAGCAUUGCAGCAAUCUUCCUUUUCUUCAAACUGAGGCCCAAGAAACAACCUGCUGUCACAGAAAAGUAGUCAUGUUUCCAUUUG